UACAUUAUUAUUAUUAUUUUUAAAUGGAAUAUCGGGGGGUCCGCUACUCCAUCGUGAGGUGAAACGACCUUCUUUGUUCUGUUCGUGCAGCCUCCAAGGCCGCACAAAGGAUGGCAGCUCUGGCAGGCGACGGAUUUCGCGCCCGCCUGCCCCCAGCCGGUCCGGUACGUCGGGGUCUCCAAGGGGAUCUCCGAGAUGGACGAGGACUGCCUCUACCUCAACAUCUACACCCCGAGCACUUCGGGUGCGGUAUCGGUGAAAUAUCCCGUCGUGGUGUACAUCCACGGGGGGAACUUCGACCACGGCUCCUCGAACACCUUCCCGCCGCACGUGCUGGUCGGGUGGCACGAGGUCGUCGUCGUCACAAUCAAUUACCGCCUGGGGGCAUUGGGGUUCCUGAGCACGGGGGAUCAGAAUUCCCCGGGGAAUUACGGUUUGCUGGAUCAAGCGCUUGCCAUCAGGUGGGUGUAUGAGAACAUCCACAGCUUCAACGGGGAUCCGCACGUGAUCACAUUGUAUGGGCCCGGUGCCGGGGGAGCAUCUGCUGGGCUUCAGAUGAUCGCGCCUCGGACGAGGGAUUACGUCAGGCGGGUCUUCGCCCAGAGUGGAUCCAUGAUGGCCGACUGGGGUGCAUUGUGGGAGGUUGAACGGGCCAAGAACACCAGCCGGGUGUACGGAGAGAGGAUCGGCUGCAACACGGACAAUUCCUACAAGCUGGUGGAAUGCCUCAUCAAAGGGAGGAGCUAUGGGGAGAUUGCCAAUCAGGAAAUUGAGCCUGAUUUGGGGCUAUUUCCCUGGGCACCUGUUGUGGAUGGGGAAAUCAGGGUCUCAACAGGAUCCCCAGACUUUGCUUCAGCAGACUGGCACAUACUACCUGAAAAGCCCGAGCUCAUGAUUGAGGACCGACUGUAUCGUGCGAGAGCUUACAUGACGGGAGUGACUCGUGAUGAGGCUUCGUAUCUCCUCUAUCACAACAAGAGCCAUGCUCCUGUGUAUGACAUAGGACAGGAUUUUGUGGACAUGAAGAUUCGAGAAUAUGUGCACAAGUACAAUUACACUCUGAAUCCACAGGGGGUGUUUGAGGCCAUCAGGUACAUGUACACAUAUUGGCCCGAUCCCUCCAAUCGCACACACAUCAGAGAAGAAUACAUCAAGAUGAUGUCAGAUGCUCUGUACAGAGCUCCAGUGGAUCAUGCAGUGAAAAUGCUGGUCCCAGAUUCCCGAAUCGACGUCUACAUGUACGUCUUGAAUACGACAAUUGAGGCCUUGAAGCUCCCAUACUGGAGACAGAUCCCUCACAAUCUUGAAUAUUACUACUUCACAGGAGCACCAUUCAUGGACAAAGAAUUCUUUCCCGAGAACGAUAGAGUUGAACGCAUCGCUUGGACCGAGUUGGACCGGAAUAUGAGCCAACUUUUCCUCUACUCUUUUGCCAACUUUGCACGAUAUGGGCGCCCAACUCCUGAGCAGAUUUUCGAUAUAAAUUGGGAGAAGGCGGAGGUUGGUGACUUGAAGUACUUAAGUGUGAACAAUACAUUCAACACGACCAUGCUUCGAAACUACCAACAGCAACAGUGUGCCUUCUGGUCCGAAUACAUUCCUCUGGUUGUUGGAAGACUCAUUCCCACUCUGGAGCCUACCACAGAGUUUUGGUGGGAGGCUGAGGGUCCUAUUCAAGUUGCAUUUUGGAGUACUGCUGGUGUAGCUGUACUUCUGCUUAUUCUUGUCUUCAUCUGCUGCUGUCUCUGGUGUGGUGCCAGACGGCACCUUGCUAAAGUGCACAAGGAAUAUGCUGACAGUGCUUUCUUCCCAUCGGUGGAGGAGAACUUCCAUGCAUUUGCCACUCCAUCAACCAUUCCAGCAACACCACAGAUGGAUAAAAAGGAGAAUGGGAAACCCUUGUUAGCAGCUCGGCCACGUUCAGAGGUGGUUGAAAAUCCAUAUAUUUUCAGCAAGUCUUCUGAUGAGCUCAACAAACCAUACAGGGAGCGCUAUGUUAAUGGCGUGGCUCACAGCAAAAGCAGUGACAAGUUGGAUGGUGAUGUUGGCAUUCCCAUGGUGAAACCCACAAAGCAGUUCAGCAAAUCAGAGACCAUUCUUGCAUCGAGCAGUCCAAAAGUGCCAGUAGGAGCAGUUCCGAUUCCAACGAUUCCUGCUAAGCCACAUCCCAGUGCAAUCCGUCCCCUCGUGACGUCGACGACCAAGCCUCCCGACCUCUAUCGAGAACAACGGGGUCUGUCUCGGGGGCAGGAGGAAGUUGAGACUCAACCGUUGAGAGGCACUCGCUAUGAAUUGAGUUCCAGCUACAGUCCUCAAGAGAGCACUUCAGAAACAUUGUCAUCCAUGAGAGACUCUCAGAGAUACACCGAUUCAGACACGUUGCCCAUGACCAAGAAGGUGGCGAGCGGGCAACCGUACGACACGUAUGCGAGUGAAGGAAUGGACCAAGACCUAAAGAGAACUGAUAGCAGUGACACACAGUCACAGGGUUCAUGGAAGCGGUAUCUUGAAUCCUCAUGCUGAAGACCAUCUUGAUCUCAGGCAUCAUAUGACAGCCCUACUGACUUCUUGACACCAGUGAUGGAACUCUCCCUGUUGUGCACCAAUGCCCUUACUGUCUUUUAUGGGAGCUAUUAUCAAAAAGUGUGCCAUGUUACUAAAAGAUCUCUCUCUCUCUCUCUCUCUCUCU